AGUCCAACCUGUCAGACUAAAUGGCAACGAAGACUUCGAAUGCGGACAAGACAAGCAUCUGGGAUCAUUGACUGCACAUCAGUCUCCAGAAGCCUACCACCACCAUCACCUCCUCCUAUUCUCCUUGCAUAUUGGGCUUUACAGAUUCCUGAAGUUUUCUAAGAUAUUUUGGACUGUCAAACUCUGAACUCUCAAAAAAAAAAAAAAAAAAGCAACUUGCAACGCCUUCCCUCAUUCAUUCACAAUUCUUCAUACUUGGCUGGGCAGAGAAGAGAGAGAGAGAAAAAAAAACUGAAAGGAAGAAAGGAGUAAAGUCUACGUAAUCCUAGCUAUUACUGUCUUUAAGUUGACUCUCUUUACUGUACAUGAUCGGUGCCUCCAACUCACUUACUCUCUUACUGUCUGCAAAAUUCACAUUUGGAAACAACUUGAUGUGUGGGCUUCUUAAGAAAGACCUACGUUGCCGAGGGGAUCUUGCGUUUGUGUACAGUGGCAACCAUGCCGAAACCUUAUGUGGAAUACUUGUACAGAGCCUGUGAUGCCCUACAUGCAUUUGACUGCUGACUUCUGCCGUCUGUGUGAAUUUGUUGCUUGUUUUUUUUUUUUUUGCCCUUUUUCUUUUUCCUCCUUUCUGAAAGUGGUUAUCGGAAGGAGGGGGCCAGCCUAGGGGUUUAGGGGGGGCUUCGCCUGAUGUUUGAUCAGGCUACUAGUAUGGGCGAUGGAGUGUCCGAGGAGAGACGAAGCCCUCUGUGUGGCAAGUCAGCCACGUCGUGCACCGAGCGACUCAGAGACAAGGGAACCAGAGCUGAUGUAGAGUGUUCCUUACGAGGCCACAGCAUUAAGGACAUUCCCGUGACCUCUACCUCCAGCCCCGGAUCGUCCAAAGAAGAAGGUCAGGACAAUCAGUCCGCAGGAGAAGCUGAUUACUGUCGACGGAUCCUGGUCAGAGAUGCCAAAGGGACGAUCCGGGAGAUUGUUCUCCCAAAAGGCUUGGACCUUGACCGGCCAAAGCGCACCAGAACCUCCUUCACUGCAGAGCAGCUGUACCGAUUGGAGCUGGAGUUCCAGAGGUGCCAGUAUGUUGUGGGCAGAGAAAGGACAGAGUUGGCGAGACAGCUCAACUUGUCAGAAACCCAGGUCAAAGUCUGGUUCCAGAAUCGGAGGACCAAACAGAAGAAGGACCAGAGCAGGGACUCUGAAAAACGCUCCUCAUCAACCUCCGAAUCAUUUGCUACCUGUAAUAUUUUACGGUUGUUGGAACAAGGUAGACUAUUAUCAGUCCCAGCACCCCCCAACUUGCUUUCUCCUAGUCAAAACCCAAUAGGCAACUCAUCUGCAAAUGGGUCCAGCCUGGGGACCUCGGGGAGCACAUCACCCAGUAUAAGCAGUACCCCACCUGGAGCUGGUGCCUUCACUCUCCAAGUUCCAUCCUUAGCCUCCUCCACUUCUCCAAGGCUACCAACUCCGCUUUGUUUCCCUGGUCCUCUAUUGGGGGGCCUACAUGAAAUACCCACUGGGUAUGGACUAGGAAACUCAGCCUUCGAGCCUUACACCCGGCUGGAAAGAAAAGACAUUAUCUCCAGCAAAAAGCCAACUUCCUAAGAAUCAUUACUGAUGUGAAGGUGUCAAAGUCAAGUCCACUGUGUUUGCUUCUUCUGCCCACACACCUACUUACUGGUCUUGCAAGUCAAGUAUCAAGAGACUAUUGAACCAAAUGUGUCUAGUGGUGUGUGUGUGUUUGUUCUCACGGUGAUAACAAAACUUAUACGGAGGCAGCUCUGUGAAACGUCCAUUGGGGGGGGGGUGCCGGUCCUAAUUUUACCUACCACUGUAAACUGGUCUGCUAGCACUCUCGCCACAUUGCUAAGUGAGGUGUUCCAUCAUGUGAUUUCUCCAUAUUAAUGCUGAACUAAGAGAAUACAUGACAAGACUGA